UAAACAAAAAAGCUAGUGAGAGACCUUAAUUAUUGAACAAUGAUUUUUCUUUUUUUGCUUAAUGCAGGUUUGAGAAUGAAGCUUCCACCACCGCCUUGUAUGUGAAAGACAACUCAUUGUUCCCCUUUUUGUUUAUUUGAUGUCUAUGACCGCCUUCUAUUUUCUAUAAAUAAAGGAACUGUCUUCUGCAAUAGUCACUGUCUGCACACUCUAUAGAAACUUGAACACACACAAAAUUAGUACUGUCUUCUUCAACACUCUUCUUCCUUAUCUUUCACACUACUUUUUUCUUUCCCUUUUGCUCUCUCUUCUCUCACUUCUGUUAAGAAUGAGUAAACAGGACUUGCUGAAAAUUCAGACCUGUGUUCUCAAGGUUAAUAUCGACUGUGAUGGCUGUGCACAGAAAGUUAAGAAAAUCCUGCAGAAAAUCGAUGGUGUGUAUUCCGUGAAAAUAGAUGCAGGUGGAGGGAAAGUGGUAGUGGCAGGGGAUGUGGAUCCAGAGAAACUGGUGAAAAAGAUAAAGGUGGGAGGGAAACAUGCUGAGAUAUGGGGUGGUUAGAAUAGGAACCAUCACAUCAACCCUAAAUUCCAGACCUUGCAAGUUGAUAACAACAAAGUGGGAAGGGACAUUAA